AUGUGGCUAAGCAACGGACAGGGUAGCGACACACCAUCGUCAAUCCGCAUCCGCGAGAACCAGAGGCGUUCGCGCAACCAGCGCAAGGAGCUCAUCCAGGACUUGCGCCGCCGAGUGCAAGAAUAUGAAAUCAAGGGCGUCGCCGCCACGCAGGAGAUGCAGCGCGCUGCACGCAAGGUCGCCGAGGAGAACUCACUGUUAAGAAGUCUACUCGCCAGCCGUGGUGUAACGCACAAUGAGGUAGAAGCAUAUCUGCGCUCCUUCAAGACCAACACCACUCCCACCACUCCCACCACUCCCACCACUAUUACUCCUGAGACGCCAAUCGAUACCGGAUUGCUGAUAUCAUGCGAGACGGCUGCUACCAUUAUUGCUGAGAUGCGCGGUGAUGGAGAUCGCAGUCGAAUCAGAGCUAGUCUGGGCUGCGUUGGGGAUGAGGAGUGUAAUGUCAAGAAUACUCGUGUGCUAGAACUAAUGGAUGAACGGUAA